AUGACGGAUAGCAGCCACCAGAUGGCAGAUUCAAAAUGGCGGAUAGUAAGAUUCAAAAAUGGCGGGAAAAUGGCGGAUAGAUUUAAAAAAUGGCGGCAGAACUCGCCACCAGCGCCACCUAGAACCUCCACUAUAUCCACGUCGGUAAAACAGGUCGGUAAAACAGGACUCACAUAUCUACGAAUGCCAACAUUUCAAGCAGCAUGUAGAGCACUAGGUCUUCUCGAAGAUGAUGCUAAUUGGGAUCACACUCUAGAAGAAGCUUGCAUCUCUGAUUCUCCGUUCAAAAUGCGUGAGCUGUUUGCCAUCAUAUUAGGUUUUUGUCAUGUUGGCGACCCACAGAAAUUAUGGGAGAAAUACCGAGACAAUUUUUCUGAAGAUAUUAGGAGAGAGAUAGAACGAGAAGAUGGAAAUGUCGAGCUGAUGCUUGACAUUAUUUACAACAAAUGCCUCAAUUUGAUUGAAGAUAUUGUUAUAUCAAUGUCGGGAAAGACACUUCUUCAGUUCGGUCUCCCCUCCCCAUCACGAGAGGAAAGAUUUAUUUUCACCAAUCGUCAAUAUCUGAAUGAAUUGGCUUAUGACACUACCUAUUUGAAUGAAUUUGUAGCUGAAAAUGUUCCUAAGUUAAACUUAGAACAGAAAAAAGUUUACAGUAAAAUUUUGAAUUCGAUUAUUUCUAAUUCUGAGCAAUUAUAUUUUCUUGAUGCUCCAGGUGGCACUGGAAAAACUUUUUUAAUCAAUUUGUUGCUCUCAAAAAUUAGAAGUGAGAAAAAAAUUGCUAUAGCUGUUGCUUCCUCAGGAAUUGCUGCGACUUUGAUUGAUGGAGGCAAAACAGCUCACUCUGCAUUUAAAUUACCUCUAAAUUUGUGUCAUUCUGAGUCCCCACUUUGUAACAUCUCUAAACAAAGUGAUAUAGCUCAUGUACUAAGAGAAACAAAAAUAAUUAUCUGGGAUGAGUGCACAAUGGCUCACAAAAAAGCUAUUGAAGCUCUGAACAGAACGCUCCAAGACAUCAGAGGUUGCAACCAACGUAUGGGAGGAGUAGUUGUUCUCUUGGCUGGUGACUUCAGACAAACAUUGCCUGUUGUACCACGAGGAACACGCGCUGAUGAAAUUCAAGCCUGUAUCAAGUCAUCCUUUUUAUGGCCUUCGGUAAAAGUUCUAUCUUUGACUAUCAAUAUGCGUGUUCAUCUUCAACCACAUCCACAAGCUGAGGAGUUUUCGAAAGUACUCAUUGACAUAGGUGACGGUAAGAUCCCAGAAGAAGACGGAAAAAUAAAUGUUUCUUGCAUUCGUUGUGAUAUUGUCCCAGAUUUAAUCACCUUGACUGAAAAAAUAUACCCGAAUAUUGACAAGGCUGGAGAAAAUUGCAGUUCAUGGUUAAAAGAGAGAGCUAUUCUCACUCCAACUAAUGAACAAGCUAAUUCUAUUAAUAACUUUUUACUGGAGCAACUGCCAACUGAGCAAGUAAGAUAUGAGUCGGUAGACACAGUAAUGGAGGACGAAGACGUUGUUCACUACCCUGUAGAGUUCUUACAUACUCUUAAUCCACCAGGAAUACCUCCUCAUGUUCUUCAUCUCAAGAUUGGCACCCCAAUAAUGUUGCUCAGAAAUUUAAACCCUCCAAAAUUAUGUAAUGGAACUAGGCUCCAAGUCAAGAUCUUACACAAAAAUGUUAUUGAGGCCACAAUUAUCACCGGAAAAUAUCAAGGAGAAACUGUAUUCAUUCCAAGAAUUCCGUUAAUUCCAUCAGACUAUCAUUUUGAAUUCAAACGUCUGCAAUUUCCUGCUAAAGUUUGUUAUGCUAUGACAAUUAAUAAAGCACAAGGGCAGAGUUUGAAGAUGGCUGGAAUUGAUUUAAGAAAUGAUUGUUUCUCUCAUGGUCAACUUUACGUGGCAUGCUCAAGAACGUGA